AUGCCCGCUUCCUCCAUCAUGGCUGCACGACUGGCUCGUGCUGGUCGUACCAGGGCUAUUGCCAGCUCUCGAUCUAUAAUAUCUCCCAUUACCCCUCGUUCGCUCUAUUCGGCUCAAUCGCGAACCUUUGUGAAGCUCUCAGGGGCCUCGCCGUCGAUAACCAAGAGAUCUCAGGUUACAAACCGAACUACUCGCCAACUCCCCUCUCAGUACUUCGUGCGCGCGCUGUCGGGAAAGCCACUUCCUCAAAGAAACUCGUGGGUUCUCAACUUUUGCUUCCGUGCCGCGGCCUGGGUGGGCAUCUCGAUCACAGUCGUCGGCGCCGCCGUAGUCUGCUUCUUUAUCUACGACGCCUCUACGUACUUUGAGCACCCCACGCAGAGCGAUAUCGAUGUGUCCAAGAUUGCCCUCCAGCCUCGAUGUGGAGGUGAAAAGAACUUGCCCAUCGCUGAGGUCUUUAUCGACGAAGAUGACACCGAAGAGAAGCGGCGCCUCAAGAACAAGCCACGGCUCGUGAUUCUCGGUGGCGGCUGGGGCGGUGUUGCUCUUCUGAAGGAGCUGAACCCGGACGAUUACCAUGUUACCGUCAUCUCGCCGACAAACUAUUUCCUCUUCACUCCAAUGCUUCCCUCAGCCACAGUUGGUACCCUUGAAUUGCGAUCACUUGUUGAGCCUAUCCGACGCAUUCUGAGCCGCGUCCAUGGUCACUUCAUUCGUGCCAAAGCUGCGGACGUCGACUUCUCACACAAGCUUGUCGAGGUGUCGCAAGUAGAUGCAUUCGGCAAGGAUGUUAGCUUCUACGUUCCCUACGACAAACUGGUCAUCGCUGUUGGCUCAGUCACCAAUCCUCAUGGUGUCAAGGGACUGGAGAACGCCUUCUUCCUCAAAGACAUUAACGAUGCUCGCAAGAUCCGAAACCAGAUCAUUCACAACUUCGAGCUGGCUUCACUUCCAACUUGCCCCGAUGAGGAACGCAAGCGGCUCCUGUCUUUUGUUGUGAGUGGUGGCGGUCCUACUGGUGUCGAGUUUGCCGCCGAGUUGUUCGAUCUUCUCAACGAGGAUCUGACACAACACUUCCCUCGACUCUUGCGCAACGAGAUCUCGGUUCAUCUCAUUCAGAGCCGAGGUCAUAUUCUCAACACAUACGAUGAGACUGUGUCUAAGUAUGCCGAGGAUCGCUUUGCCCGGGACCAAGUCGAGGUUCUCACAAACUCGCGGGUCAAGGAGGUUCAACCCGACAAGAUUAUCUUUACGCAAAAGCGGGAAGAUGGCAGCGUAAUUACGAAGGAGCUCCCUAUAGGAUUCUGUUUAUGGUCUACUGGAGUGUCGCAGACCCAGUUCUGCCAAAAAUUGGCCAAGAAGCUUGGCAACGUUCAAACCAACCGACAUGCCCUGGAGACGGACACUCAUCUUCGCCUGAACGGCUCACCUCUGGGUGAUGUGUACGCAAUUGGUGACUGUUCUACUGUUCAGAACAACGUGGCCGAUCACAUCAUCACCUUCCUUCGAUCUCUUGCUUGGAAGCACGGCAAAGAUCCCGAGACGCUGCAACUUGGUUUUAGUGACUGGCGCGAGGUUGCUAGCGAUGUCAAGAGGCGAUUCCCUCAGGCUAUUAACCAUCUCAAGCGCCUCGAUAAACUUUUCAAGGAGUUCGACAAGGAUAAGUCGGGCACACUGGACUUUGAGGAACUUACUGAGCUGCUCCGCCAAAUUGAUAGCAAGCUCACGUCUCUACCUGCUACAGCCCAGCGCGCUCAUCAGCAAGGCCAGUAUCUGGCUCGCAAGUUCAACCGCAUGUCUCGUAUGAACGACGUUCUACGUGCCAAUGAGAUUCGGGAGGGCGAUGUCGAUGCUGCUGUCUUCAAGGCAUUCGAAUACCACCAUCUUGGCAGCCUUGCCUAUAUCGGUAACUCUGCCAUUUUUGAUCUCGGUGAAGGCCGGAAUCUGGCUGGUGGACUUUGGGCUGUGUAUGCCUGGCGCUCUGUCUACUUUGCCCAGAGCGUCAGUCUUCGAACGCGUCUUCUUAUGGCCAUGGACUGGACGAAGCGAGGUCUCUUUGGACGAGAUUUGAUGAGUUUCUAA